AUCGAGUAGUUUGGUGACGGCAAACUAAUACGCGAAAUAUAUGCGGAAUGGCGUUUGCAAUAAAUAAAAAACCAUUUUGAAGUGCAUUUUAUUAGAUUUUAAGUGUACAAAUUUGCAUGGAACAGUGUUACGGCUCAAGCAUUAUCCAUAACAUAAAUUUGAAAAAACGUGCGUAAAACGACGGCCACGCAAAAAUGGCGGAUCCUCUCAGUUUACUCCGCCAAUAUAACAUAAACAAAAAGGAGAUAAUUGAGCGUGAGAAUCAAAUCAUAUUCGGUGAAUUCUCCUGGCCGAAGAAUGUCAAGACUAACUAUCUCAAAUAUGGCUCCGGCAAGAAGGGCGCUCCACGUGAAUACUACACGCUGGAGUGCUUGCUAUAUCUGCUCAAGAAUGUUAUGCUGCAGCACUCGGUAUAUGUGCGUCAGUGUGCCGCCGAAGAUAUACCGGCUGUGAAUCGUCCGGAUCGUAAGGAACUGCUCGCCUAUCUCAAUGGCGAGACAUCCACCUGUGCCAGCAUUGACAAAAGUGCGCCCCUCGAGAUACCCACGCAGGUGAAACGCGCCGCCGAUGGGGAUGCUAUCAGUGGCGAGUCGGCGGCCAAAAAGGCGCGCUUUGAGGAGACACAGGUGCAGAAGGUGCGCGAACAAUUGGCCGCUCGCUGGGAUGUCAACCAAAAAGAGACCGCUGUCAACAUGGACAAUAUUAAAUCACUGUCAGAGACUAUGUCGGUUGAGAAAAUUGCGGCCAUUAAAGCGAAACGCUUGGCAAAUAAGCGAACGACUAUUAAACGCACCGAUAACGAGGAAGCCAUGGGCACGGAUUUGCGUGCCAUUCUCGACUACGACGUCGACUCCACUAAGGAUAUUAUCAGUCGUGAGCGGCAGUGGCGUACACGUACUUCUGUUCUGCAGAGUACAGGCAAGAUAUUUGCCAAAAACAUUUUUGCCUUGCUCCAAGGUAUAAAGGCACGGGAAGAGGGACGUAAUCGUCCACCCACACAAACUGCCAUCAAAAUGCCCGAACCGCGUAUAUCUAAGCCUCAGCCACAGCUCUCGCAAUAUAAUCGUUACGAUCAGGAGCGCUUUAAUCGUCAGAAGGAGGAAACUGAGGGCUUCAAAAUCGAUACGCUGGGUACCUAUCAUGGCAUGUCGCUGAAAUCAGUGACGGAGGGCUCGUUGGCUCAGCGCAAGGCGCAAGGAAACAUGCCGCUGCCAGGACCUGCUGUUGGACGUCCCAAAGAGCUGUUGCCCACCGCACAGGCUCGCCAACUGCCAGCUGCGAAUGGCCCGAAUAAGCGUCCUUCGCGCACCCCCAUCAUUAUCAUACCGUCUGCCAAUACAAGCCUUAUAACCAUGCUGAAUGUCAAGGAUAUUCUGCAGGAAUUGCGGUUUAUGUCAACAGCAGAGAAGAAAAUGCAGGGCUGCCAGCGUGACAGUGAGGUUCUUUUGCAGCGCAAACGCAAUAAUCAGACUGUAUCCUAUCGCAUCAUUGAUAAUCCAUUGAAAUUGACGCAACAAGAUUGGCAACGCGUGGUCGCUGUUUUUGUGAUGGGCCCACAAUGGCAGUUUAAAGGCUGGCCCUGGGAUGGCAAUCCUGUGGAGAUCUUCUCGAAAAUUUGCGCCUUUCACUUGUGCUUUAGUGAACUGAAAUUGGAUUCAAAUGUGGAGCGUUGGUCAGUGACACUGUUGCGACUAUCGCAAAAUAAGCGGCAUUUGGAUCGCGCUGUCCUCAGUAAAUUCUGGGAAACAUUGGAUAGAUAUAUGUUGAAAUAUAAACCCGACUUGCGGUUUUAAAUUCGCUUCUACCCAUAUUAAAACAAAUCGUUUGACAGACAACCCUUUAGUUUAGUUCGCAACAUGAUUUAGAAGUAGUAGUUCUUUAACGUUUAGCUGCAUCCUGCAAAUGCAUAACUACGUACAACAUUUCGCAAUAACUUUCCCGCAUUGACCGCGUUUUCAAUUAUGCUUGAUUCUUUGGAUUACAGAGAGGAGCUCCUCACAAGACCUUUGUAAUUUGUAUUUCAUUUGAUUUAAUUAGGAAGUAAACAAACAAAUCAGUUUGUUAAUCAAUUGUAAAAUGUAAACUAUGCAUGCUAAACUUUAAAAAAAUUGUAUACAUAAUUAGUUGUAAUAAAAGUUAUAAGUGAAA